AUUUCACUAGAACGUAAUUGAUGAAACAGAGAUAAGGGCUAAGAGCCGCCCCGUGCCUCGUGUACUGGCAUUUCUCCAGUCGUCCUUACACGUGUAGCCAUAUAAAUUGACCUACUACUGGCAGUAUUCGCAACCAGGUUGCACCUGAAAACAGGAUGGCAGGGGUGCCUUCCCCGGCCAGCCAGCUGACGAAGGUGCUGGCUGGCUUGCGCCACACCUUCGUCGUCGCAGAUGCCACGCUUCCAGACUGUCCGCUUGUAUAUGCAAGCGAAGGGUUUUACGCCAUGACGGGCUAUGGGCCAGAUGAGGUUCUUGGGCACAACUGCCGCUUCCUGCAGGGCGAGGGCACUGACCCCAAGGAGGUCCAGAAGAUCCGCGACGCCAUCAAGCGCGGCGAGGCCUGCUCCGUGCGCCUGCUCAACUACCGCAAGGACGGCACGCCCUUCUGGAACCUGCUCACCGUCACGCCCAUCAAGACGCCGGACGGCAAGGUGUCCAAGUUUGUGGGAGUGCAGGUGGAUGUCACCAGCAAAACCGAGGGUAAGGCCCUGGCGGAUACCUCGGGCGUGCCGCUGCUCGUCAAGUACGACCACCGCCUGCGUGAAAACGUGGCCAAGAAGAUCGUGGAUGACGUCACAAUCGCCGUGGAGAAGGCGGAGGGCGUGGAGCCGGGCGCCGCCUCCGCAGCCGCGAGCGCGGCAGGCACCGGCAAGCCCCAGCAGCAGCAGCCCUCCCAGCAGCAACAGCAGCAGCAAGGGGCGCGCGGUACGGCUCCCAAGAGCUUCCCGCGUGUGGCGUUGGAUCUGGCGACGACGGUGGAGCGUAUCCAGCAGAAUUUCGUGAUUUCGGACCCCACGCUGCCCGAUUGCCCCAUCGUGUUUGCCUCGGAUGCGUUUCUGGAGCUGACGGGGUACAGCCGCGAGGACGUGCUGGGGCGCAACUGCCGCUUCCUGCAGGGUCCUGGCACCGACCGGCUCACCGUGGACCAGAUCCGCGACGCCAUCCGCAGCGGCACCGAGAUCACCGUGCGCAUCCUCAACUACACCAAGCAGGGCCGCGCCUUCUGGAACAUGUUCACCAUGGCGCCCAUGCGGGACCAGGACGGCAGUGUGCGCUUCUUUGUGGGGGUGCAGGUGGACGUUACCGCGCAGUCCAGUGGCCCCGCUGACAAGGCGCCCGCCUGGAACAAGAGCCCCUCCGCGGAGGAGGAGAAGGCCAAGAUGGGCGCGCAGGCGGCGUCCAUGAUCAGCACGGCGCUGCAGGGCAUGGCUGCCCCCGCCGCCUCCGCCGCCAACCCCUGGGCCGCCAUCAGCAGCUCCAUGAUGCGCCGCAAGCCGCACAAGGGGGAGGACAGGGCGUACCAGGCCCUUCUGUCCCUGCAGCAGCGUGACGGCAAGUUGAAGCUAAUGCACUUCCGCCGCGUGAAGCAGCUGGGGGCGGGAGAUGUGGGGCUGGUGGACCUGGUGCAGCUGCAGGGCACCGACUUCAAGUUCGCCAUGAAGACGCUGGACAAGUACGAGAUGGCUGAGCGCAACAAGGUGGCCCGCGUGCUCACCGAGUGCGGCAUCCUGGCGGCUGUGGACCACCCCUUCCUGGCCACACUCUACUGCACCAUACAGACGGAGACGCACCUCCACUUUGUCAUGGAGUACUGCGAUGGCGGCGAGCUGUACGGGCUGCUGAACAGCCAGCCCAAGAAGCGGCUCAAGGAGGAGCACGUGCGCUUCUACGCCGCGGAGGUGCUGCUGGCGCUGCAGUACCUUCACCUGCUGGGAUACGUGUACCGGGACCUCAAGCCCGAGAACAUCCUGCUGCACCAGUCGGGCCACGUGCUGCUCACGGAUUUCGAUCUGUCGUACAGCAAGGGUGUGACGACACCGCGAGUGGAGCGGGUGGGGCCGCCUGCGGCGGGGGGCGGCGCGGGCGGGCACCCGCCCAAGUCGCCGAGGAAGGCCUCCUCCGGCAAGGCCUCCCUCUCCUCCGGCGUGGCCCUUUCCGGCGAGACCUACCUGCUGCUGGCGGAGCCGGUGGCGCGCGCCAACAGCUUCGUGGGCACGGAGGAGUACCUGGCGCCCGAGGUCAUCAACGCGGGGGGACAUGGGCCAGCGGUGGACUGGUGGUCGCUGGGAAUCCUCAUCUACGAGCUCCUGUACGGCACGACACCUUUCCGAGGAGCUCGCCGUGAUGAGACCUUUGAAAACAUCGUCAACGCGCCGCUGCGCUUCCCCGCCAAACCCGCGGUUUCGGAGGAGGUCCGCGACCUCAUUGAGAAGCUCCUGGUCAAGGAUGUGUCGAGGCGGCUGGGAAGUCGAACCGGCGCGAACGAGAUUAAGGCGCACCCGUGGUUUAAGAGCAUCAACUGGGCAUUGUUGCGGAAUGAAGCGCCGCCGUACGUGCCGCGGCGAGCGUCGAAGGCGGCGGGAGCGGGGGCGGCGGCGGGUGCCGGGGGGAACGGCAGCGGCGGUGCUGGUGCUUUUGAGAACUACUGAGGAGGGGCUUGAUUGAGGGAGGGGGUCGGGUUUGCACUGUUGGUGGUAGUGCUGGUUGACUCAGUUGCUGCUAGCGGAGUAGUUGUGACGGGCUUGAGGGAGCUUUCUGGGAUGAGGGGACGAUUUCGUGAUGUGGCGUGGGACGCGCACGUGUUCCACGAUUGAUAGGCGGCAGUGGCUGCGUUAAGGAGAGCGAUUGUUGACCGGGAAGGGUGGUUGUCCGUUGCUUUGGCGGUUGACAGUUGCUGCUUACGGUGGGUGAUUACUAAUGUCUCCUGUUGACAUGCAGGGAGCGUGGAAGGAACUUUAGCAGGCGAUUAAGCUCUGCUGCCUGGUGCUGGCUCUGGCAAACUCAUUGUCGUUAGCCGACAUUAUAGGCCUGAAGCAAAGAGAGAGAAGCGGACGAGGCGAGGCUGAGCGGACCGAGGAACUAAGAGAAACGAAGAGUCUGCAUGGGUGUUAGGGGAAGGGUGAUGCUGGUGGUGGUGGGUUGCAUUGUUGCAGAUUGCGGGGUUGGACUCCUGUCGGCCUGCAUCGCACUGCGACUUGCAUGGGAAGAGCGAGGGAGGGGGAGGAAGAAGAAGAAAAAGAGCUCCACAAGUUGGUUGCGGCUCCUGCAAUGGAGGUUGCCAAGAGCGAGCGAAGGGGCUACGUGUCAAAGGCGACGUGAGUUAUGCAUGUGGGUGCUGGUUUAGAGGCAGGGUUGGCUGGAAGAGAAGGAAAGAAGGGCAUGAAGGUCCAUAGGGUACCGGUAGUGAAAAAAGGGAAGGACAGCAGGGAGGGAGAAAGGUAGACGGGUUUGGCCUUUUAAGCUGUCUGAAAGGUCGUUUGGGGGUUUCCACGCGGCUGCAAUGCGAGGUAUGGCGCCUUGUAAGCUUCAUAAGCGCUGGGGUCAUAGUAGGUAAAUGGCGCAUAUGACUGCUAUUAAUAAUAUGCGUUGGUUGUCAAGUCGGCGGGACGCGUUUGGCUGAGGCCGAAAUACAGGAAGCAAAAGAGGUAGCGUAGUGGCGUGGCUGUCAUGUGGAGGUGACCCGCGGGUCGCUUCCACCGUUCGCUGCGGUUGUGAAUGUGUUGUUGCUGUCCGUCUUCAGAGCGCUUUUGUGGCUGGGAUACUUUUAGCGUGUGACGCAGGCCUCGCUGUCUUGCUCCUAGUGUUGCGGCGACAGUGAAUGGUUCUUCCGUUCCUCGUAUGAGUGAAGGUUUUCUUGCUGGGCUGUCUUUUGGAGUCACACCAAAAGCCGGUUCCAAGCCAUGCCGCCGCCUUCUGUGUUUAAAUAUAAUAAAUGCUGGUGGGAUGACGCUUAGGCGACUCCUCUCCUGUCAGCCACACUGCUUGUUGCCAUGUGAGGUAGGUAAGUCCGGAGCUAAUGCCGCAAGCUUUGCGCGUUCCACAUACACAGGCGCAAGAUGGUGUUGUACGGCCCCGUUGCUCGCCAGGAGCGGGUGCUUGGCUUUUUGAGUGUGGCGCGGAUCUGCGCACACGCCGCUGUGCUUUCUUGUUGCGUCUCUUGGUGUUCAAUUGUGUGUACUAGCAAGGUGUGUGUUGCGAGGGUGGGCGUGUGGCUCUGUGGCAUGUAAGAGGGUAUGUCGUGUAGCAUGCAUGCAAGGGGUUGCGAUGCGCAGUGAGGGGGUUGCGAUGCGGAGUGAGGGGGUUGUUGUGUGAGCGGUUAAGAAGGCACAGCGCGCUGAUAACGGCUUGGCGGGUGGUUCUUGCUUACGUAGUGCAGUGCAGUUCUCCCGAUGUCAUCACCCGUACAUGUGUCGCCGUACAAUGCAACCCGGUAGAAGAUUUCUUGCUGGUGGUGAGAGCUUGUACCGUACACCAGGGAAUUAUGAUUGUUCUUAUUUUAAGCUGCAGAAGUAAGGCAAAGAAGCUCCGGUAUGGGUCUGGAGUUCCAUUGGUAUACCGGUGCCCCUUUCAUUUUUUGGGACAGCAGCGGAGGCUUCCAGAAAUGCGUUUUUGCUUUGCUUUGUACAAGCUUCUACUUCAAUGUACGGCAGUGAGGUUUCCGUUGGUCAUUUGUAACAACAGGUUCUAUACUC